AUGGAAAUGAAAAGGCAAGGAAGAAAAUCUCCAGUUGCAGCUAUGAGUCUGAGUCUACUUUGCUCAAUUCACUUCCAAGCGAUCCUUCUAUUGUUCGUGGUACUGCUGCAUGUAAAAACACUUACUGUUUUUGGUGAUAGUACUGGCACCACUAGUUCUGUUGGUGGGAAUGAAACGGAUCAUCAAGCUUUGUUGGCGUUCAAGAGUAAGAUAACACUUGACCCUAGAAACAUUUUCAGCUCAUGGAAUGACUCCAACCAUUUCUGCCAGUGGGAAGGUGUGACAUGUGGCCGCAAGCAUAGAAGAGUCACAAUAUUAGAUCUGCGGUCCAGAGAUUUGGUGGGUUCUUUGUCUCCAUACAUAGGCAACCUUAGCUUUCUUAGACAAAUCGUGCUCGCAAACAACACCAUUGGAGACAAAAUUCCUGAUGAAGUUGGCCGUCUAUACAGGUUGCGAGUAUUGAUGUUGUACAAUAACUCCUUUGAUGGGGAAAUUCCUGCAAACCUUUCCCAUUGUUCCAACCUCAAUUUCAUUUCUGUAGCUAGAAAUAACCUUUCAGGGUCGAUCCCAAAGCAGCUUGCUUCUUUGUCAAUGCUAAAGUCUCUUUCUUUUGACACAAACAAUCUCAUGGGAGGAAUCCCACCUUUCAUUGGGAACCUUAGCUCUCUACAACUUAUAUCUGCAGCUGACAAUGUUUUGGGAGGACAUAUUCCAGAUGCCUUGGGUCAGUUACAAAGCUUAAAAUAUCUUGGACUGGGUGGAAAUAAACUCUCUGGUUUGGUCCCUCCAUCUUUAAAUAAUCUUUCGUCUAUUAUUGUUUUUUCAUUGGCCAAAAUGAGAUUAGUGGAGGUCUUCCUUCAGACUUAUUUCUCACCCUUCCUCGUCUCCAGUGGUUUCAAAUUGAUCGAAACCAAUUUACCGGAUCUCUUCCGGUCUCAUUAUCUAAUGCUUCAGAAUUAG